AUGUCGACCUGGUCCGUCGACGAUGCGGAGAGCUACGUAGAAGAAGAAAAAGACCAGAAGCCUCGAAAUGAAUGGCACAGGGUUGAGGACAGCAAAUCAGGCGCUAACAAAAUCGGAAACGCAUUCGACAAGGGUGAUCGGAGCGGUUCGGCGACAAGAAGGAUGGAUGGAGGAUGGAUGGUGGACCGGACGGAUGAUGGACGAUGGAUGAAUCUGACGACAGACAAGCGAACAAUUUCGAUAUGA